UUCCUCCAUCUCUUUUGUAAGAGGCACACUAUGACAUGAAGGUUUUUUGCUGGGUUACAACCCCAUGAAGAAGAGACAUGCGAAUACAACCCUCAAUGGGUGAGGUUUGAGUGGGCGGGGGGCAUAUCCCUAGAAGUCCCAUUCUUUGUACAGAAAAGGAGUAAGCUGCAGAAGAAACUUUUGGAGUGAACCAUUGUUAUAAGUUUUCUUCUUAGAGCCUUACUAUCUCUCUUGCAAAGAGUUAUGAGAAUGGAAAGGCUUGAGCAUCAUUACUGUCCCUUUUAGGCAGGUCCUUUUCCUACCAAAGAAUCAGCUGCAAAAAUUUGCAGAUUAAAUAAUCUAUGCCUGGGAAUGAAAUUGGAGACAAGGUCCACAAUUUCUUUGACCAAGACAAUUUGUCCCAGGGUCAGCACCAGUUGCAGGUUACAGGUGGAAAUCGGUCAGUUAUUAAUAACAGUCUGUGGGCUGGAGGCCAGAGACAGAUCGGAACACCUCUGACUUCUAACUCAACUAACUACAGUGUGCAGCAAUCAGAUUCUGAGAAUGGAAAUGGCAGGCAGCCUUCUAGAGUUCCAUGUGGCUCAGACUUUACCCUGUUGCCACUGAGGUCAGAGUUUGCUAAGGGCCAAUCCAGAAACCAACAUCUGAGUCUGAAUGGUUUUUUGCAUGGACAUCAGGACUUCGAGAUAAGGCAGCACCAUGAGGCAGAGUUUCUGGGAGGAGGGGCAAGAGGCUCAUCUGUUCUUGAACCACAGCAGGGGAUUGGUCCUGAACAAAGUCCUGGCCUAACCAAAACUUCAGAGAGGUUGGAAACUGCUGAGGUUCCUAGUAAUUUUAACUUUCUUGGUGGUCAACAUCUGCUAAUGAGGGGGCAACAAUCAGGCUUACCACAGCCUCGGCCAAGGCAGCAGUCUGGGUUUAAUGACAUUCCCCAAUGGCAACAACAAUUAAUGAUCAAACAACUGCAAGAACUUCAGAGGCAGCAGCAGCAGCUUCAACGAUUCGAUCAAACAAAGCAGCAAAAUUCGAUUAACCAGUUGAAUUCUAUUGCGAAACAGACUGCUGGUGGUCAGUUACCAGCUCUAGUGAAUGGCGCACCUGUCCAUGAUUCAUCGAACUUCUUGUGGCCUAAUGAGCAUAUUGGCGGUGACUCUAAGAUGGUACCUAGUUCCUCACAAAUGUUUAUGGUUGGUGGCAUGAACUGGGUGCAGCAGAGUGGUUCUCCCUCCAUGCAAGGAUUUCCUAAUGGAGUAAUGUUUUCAAAUGAACAAGGGCAGGCCCUUCGUUCAAUGGGGUUUGUUCCUCAACAGCUUGACCAAUCGCUAUAUGGUGCUUCUAUCACUAGCACAAGAGGAAAUUUGAAUCAGUACUCUAAUAUACAAGGAUUUUCACAUGAUUCAGCUGAUAUGUUGAACAAGACAAGUGAUAACCAAGUAGAGAAGCCUCUGAUUCAGUCAUCAUCCUUAAAUAACUCUUUUCAGGGAGAUCAGUGUGCUGCAUUUCAGGACCAGGUUUGCAUGCAGGAUGGUGCUUCGGUUUCCAAGCAGGGAUUACAAGGGAAAAGUUUGUUUGGGCAUGUUCCUGGUCAAGGAUUAAGCGGUGAAGUUUUAUCUGGUAACAUCCAGCAAUUGAAUUCCGUCCCUAGGAAUGCACAUGUGCAGGAAUUACUGGGGAGGCAGGAGCGACCUGGUUGGUCAGGAAACUUGCAAGAAAAAACGAUGCCACAGGUUGGCCCUUCUCAGGGUUUAGUUGCCCUAGAUCCAACAGAAGAAAGGAUUUUGUUCAAUUCAGAUGAUGGUAUUUGGGAUGCUCCUUUGGGCAGGAGCGACAACAUGGGUACAGGAGUCUAUGGGAAUUCCUUGGAAGGUGCAGAUUACAGCAGUGCAUUUCCUUCCAUUCAGAGUGGAAGCUGGAGUGCUCUUAUGCAGUCUGCUGUUGCAGAAACUUCUAGCAGUGACACUGGGUUACAGGAAGAGUGGAGUGGCUUGAGUUUUCAGAAAACGGAACUGUCAAAUGGGAAUCAGCCAGCAACAUUUAAUGACACUGGGAAGGGACAAACAAGUUGGGUUGAUGGCAACUUGCAGACUGCGUCUUCUUUAACUUCAAGACCUUUUCCUCUAUUUGAUGAUGUCAGUAUGAGUCCAAGCAGUCGUAAAGUUCCUGGUUUUCAGCAGUCAAAUGUCAAAUUUCCAUAUGAGCAGAGUGUUAAGGUGCGGCCUGAUUCUUCUCGGGAAUUUGUUCAACAGCCUCCGAAUGAAAGUGGGAAAGGGUUUGAUCGCAGUCCUCAGCAGAAGCCACAUGUUGAGGAGAGUCUUCAACUUCAAUCACUUAUGCAUUUGGACAAUACUCCUGAUGGUGCUUGGGAUGGUCGAAUCUAUGAGCAGUCUGGGACUGCUGCGCAUUCUAUGAAUGUGGAAUUAAAUUCUCAGAACAUGCGGGGUUCUUGGGCUCACCAGCAGAACAUAUCCUCCUACAAUAUUGGUAGCCAUCCCGGUAAUAAGCCUAAUGGUUGGAAUAUUAAUGAGGCCCUGUCACCAAGUGGUGAUGCUACCCUAAAAGCUCUUGAGAAUGCACACACUGUACAGAAUUCUCGGAGUAGUGAUGAUAAGAGAGCCAUGCAAGCAGAUGGGGAUCAUAAUAGUCUUUUAUGGAAGGCUGAUGGUAAUGCUGUGUCAAUGCCCUUCCGUAAUUCAGCUUCUGGAUUGGAACAAAUAAAAUCUGGCACUGGUAGUCCGCAGGUAAACUCAGAAGAUUCCCAGAUGAAUAACUUUACUGCUUUACCCGAUUCAAGCAAUACAAAAAGGAAUCAGGAGAUUAACCAACAAGUUGCACAUAGUCAUCCUUUUGAUUAUGGGAACCAUGCUUUUGAUUCUUCUCUGAAGUAUAAGGGAAAUGAGAGUGGGGGAGGGUAUCAGCAUCAGCUCAGCAAUGUUCCGCAAGUUUUUGAAGCAUCAUUAAAUAAUUCUGAAAGGGCUUCUGGUGAAACAUAUGACAACAAGCAGGAGAGCAGCUUCCAGAAAGAGAUCUCUAAUGACAGCCAUAACUCCAGCCGGCCCCAUCAUACUGUUACAGGAGGUGUUGAGAAUGCAUGGUUAAAUGCAAAUGAUUCUAAUUCUUUGGCUGGGGCAAACCAAAAGUCUUUGGGUCAGAUUGGCCGGAAAACCUCUGGGCCUCGUAAGUUUCAGUAUCAUCCAAUGGGAAGUUUGGGUGUGAACAUGGAACCUGCUGAAGCCAUGAAACAUGUGACACAUUCACAGGCACUAUCACAGAAGGUUACUCAAGGAUUGAAGGAUCAAGAGAAAGGUUACUUAAAGUUUGUUGGUCAUCUUCCUAACAAUGCCAUGGACAUCGAUAAGGGGCAGGUGGCAGAGUUCCAAGGAGGCAUGAAAAGAUCAGAGGAAACAUCUUCACAAGGCGCUCUUCCUGGCUAUGGAUCCAAUAUGUCUGCACCCUUUGAUGGACCGUCUGGUUUUUAUGCUCCAAACAGAACAGCUCAGACAAGUCGUAAUAUGCUCGAGCUUCUCCACAAGGUGGACCAAUCAAGGGAACAUGCUCCUGUAAAACAAUAUGACCCUUCUGACCAUAAUCGAUCAUUUGAGAUGCCGGAGGCAGAAUCUUCUGAAACAUUUGCUGCUCAUCUUAGGCGCACUCAAUCAUCUGCUUCUCAAGGUUUUGGUUUAAGGUUGGCCCCUCCAUCGCAACGGCUACCUGUUUCAAGCCAUUCUUUACCAUCUCAGAGUUCUUCACAAGCUGUUAACGAUCUUGAUUCAAGGCAUGCUGAUCCAGAAUUAGCAGAGAGGGGCCAGACAUGGUCGACUUCCUCAGCUCCUGUGCAGGCUCUGUCUCAUUCCCGUGAGAUGUCGCAGAGGGAGCAUUGGGAUAAUAAAACAAGUAUUUCAGGACAAGCUGGCAAUGAGAACUUACUCUCUAAUAUGCAGGGAAAAUCUACUGCAUUGACAUCUGCUCUGCCAUAUCCAAGAAAUCAACUUCAAAGUCAAGGUAGACAAGGACCGAAGGAUCACGCUCUAAAUGGUCCUUUUGAUAGCCUUGGUUCUCGCUUAACGCAGACAAACAACUCUCAUGACAGAGUGGCAUCUGAUCAAUCUUCACAAUCAUUAUUGCCUGGUUCAAGUAGCAGGGUGGCACCUUUCAACCUUGGUUCCCCUGCCGAUACAUCCCAAUCAAUCAGCUCAACUUCCUCUUAUCUUAGGGUUUCAGGCCAACAACUCCCAGCAUUGGAGUCUAUCUCAGUCUCUCAGCCGUUGGUUACAUCAGGUAUGUCUCAACAGGGUCCCUUCUCAAAAAUGUUGCAUAAUGUGUGGAACAAUGUAUCAAGGCAACGCCUAUCUGCUGGUCAACCUCACAAGGUUCCUACCAGUUUGGUUCCCUCUAUCAAUCCAUCAAAUAAUAAUCUGGAAACCACUUCAUGGGCACAAAAACCAGGUGAUCAGGAUGUCAAAAAAGGAGUAAAUAAUUCCUCUGCAUUUGGUGCACGUUCUAUUAGUCCUCAAUGGUUACCCCAUGGCGAAGAUCAACCAAGGAAAGAAAGCUCUUGGCAACAAAUUCCAUCUGAGAAGGCUGAGCUGGCUCAACAGACAGCAGUUGCAUCCCAAGGCCAAGAUUCUGUGGCAAACCAAUUGUUGGAUGGAAAUUCUAUUGCUUCUACUUCAUUGUUGGGUCAGAGACAUCAACAGGAGAUUGAUAGAAGGAAUGGGAAGGAUCCAGUUGUGGUCUCGCAAACCAUCCAGAACUCCCCUCCUUCCAACAGAGAUGUUGAAGUGUUUGGCCGUUCUUUGACUCCAUCAAAUAGUCAUCAAAAUUACUCUCUGCUGCACCAAAUGCAGGUGAUGAAGGGUGUGGAGACCAAUCCUAGUCACAGGCUUUCGAAGAGGCUCAAAGGACCUGAUUUCGGUCCAGAUGGUCAGCAGGCGGCUGCUAAGGCAGGACAACAGUUAUUACAUGGAUACAAUGCAAUGGUUGGAGAUGCAGCAGAUCAUGGACUGAAAUCAGCAGGUCAGCAUUGCUCAUUUUCAUCAGGAGAUACCAAAAUGCUUAGCUUUUCAUCAGAGGUGAGAGAAGAUGCGAAUGCAGGUGUAGCUUCCCAGCUUACUCCUCAGGAUAUGGUCAAAUUUAGUCGAAAUGAUUCUCAAAAUCAGUCUAGCAAUAUGAAUAUACCAUCAACUAGAGCUGAGCAUUCAAAGAUAAGUCUACAGAUGGCACCCUCAUGGUUUGAUCAGUAUGGGACCUUCAAAAAUGGGCAGAUGCUAUCAAUGUAUGAUGCACGGAGAACUGCAAAGACUGCUGCUCAACAGUUCUUCUUUGUAAAUGCUUCUGAGAGUUUGCCUACACAUACCCGAUUAGAACAACUAAAUGCUGCUGAUUCUAGUCAGGUUAGUAGUGUUUGGCAUGGUACAACAAGCACUGUGGUUGUAAGUGAGUGCUCGUCUCCUCUUCGUUCUUUGCCACCAGAUGCCACUGAUCAAAUUUUGGCUGUUGUGAGACCAAAGAAGCGUAAAAGUGCAGCAUCAGGGCUUCUACCAUGGCAUAAAGAAGUGACCCAAGGUUCCCAAAGGCUUCACAAUAUCAGUGUUGCUGAACUAGAUUGGGCUCAAGCUGCAAAUCGGCUAAUUGAGAAGGUGGAAGAGGAAGCUGAACUUAUUGAGGAUGUACAACCACUUGUUCGACCAAGAAGAAGGCUUAUAUUGACGACACAGUUGAUGCAACAACUCUUUCGUCCUGCACCAGCAUCAAUACUCUCUGCAGAAGCCACUUCAAACUAUGAAAGUGUAAUAUACUUCAUUGCUAAAUUGGCAUUAGGGGAUGCAUGCAGCCUGAUCUGUAGUCCUGGAAGUGGUUCAUUUGUACCACCAGGCAGUGCAAACAUGACAAAUGAGAAGGUCAAAAUUUCUGAGAGAAUUGGUGACCAGUAUUACUCGAAAGCUGUGGAAGAUAUCAUUGGUAGAGCAAGGAAGUUGGAGAAUGAUUUAUUGAGACUGGACAAGAGAGCAUCAAUCUUAGACCUUCGGGUGGAUUGCCAGGAUCUGGAAAGUUUCUCUGUCAUCAACCGUUUUGCCAAAUUCCAUGGCCGGAGCCAUUCGGAUGGGUCUGAGACCUCAUCAUCCUCUGGCGCAGGUGUAACCUCACAGAAAAUAUUCCCCCAGAGAUAUGUUACUGCACUUCCGCUGCCUAGAAAUCUUCCAGAUGGGGUACAAUGUCUAUCACUUUGAUCAUAUAAAUUAAUUGAUUUUUUGCCCCCUUUUUGGUCAUUGAUCUCCUACCUCCAACCAAUUUGUGUUCUCCAUUUCAUCCUAUAUGCUGGCAUAGAGCAUGCACUCAUACAAAGCAUCAUGAAAAAUGGAAAGAAAAGGAAGAAAAUGAAAUCCUGAUCGGCUCAUUUGAGUAAUCAAGGUUGUCCAUUCCUUUCAAAUGAGGCCGUUGGUGUCAAUUUUUUUCUUUCUCUGAGAAGUAGUUUCUGGCCCAUGUAUAUUCUUAAUUUCUUAAGAAAGUCGUAGGAGACUUGGGUUUCCCCCAUCAUUUUGUCAAGGGAAGGGGGGAAAGAAAGGAUGCUCCAUCUGGUUCUGGUGAAAGAUCUGGAGACACAGAUGAAUCAUAGGAUACAGCUAAAUGUUCAGUAUUAUGAUCAAUCUGAUGAUUGAUCCUGAUGUGGGGGUGGUUGGAGUUAUCACUUGUACUGAUUUGCAUUGCUCAAAUGACCAGACCAGUGAGGAAUUUUAUCUCGGAGGUUUGGUCACUGAAUCAAUCAGUUGGAAGAAAAUGCGGCACUAUUUAGGUUAAUUUCAACACUUUUCGAAGAUUCUUAAGUAGUUCAGAUUCAUCUCAGUGGAUGUUCCAAUCCUGUUAACAUGUACUUUGAUAGUUAUGUAUCAAAGAAUUCUUUUUUC